GGCGCCGCCCUAAAUGCACAAAUUUUACCGGUCAUUUGCUCUAAACCAAUACAACUCACUCCCUGCUCAUUGGUCGAACCCGCGAGCACGUCUGAUCAUGGCUACUCGCUCGCUUCUGCGACUGUCAGAAAGUUCAAAUUCUCCCACUCUUUUCACCAUCUCCAAACCUUGAAGCUCCAAAACCCUAAUCAUUACUCAAUCUCCCUCUUCCCGCUCUCCUAGUAGGAAUGUUCUCUUCCGGGACGAAGAAACCCAAUAUCAACUCUCGGAAGGACAGGAGUCGAGGGCAAGCAGUGCCCGAUUCUCCGGUCUCUCCACUCGUGGAGAAUAGACGAUCUUUCUACGACCAUUCUAUCCCUGACCGUCCGACCACCGGUACUCCUGCUCCAUGGACUUCUCGUUUAUCUGUUCUUGCCAGAAUACCACCAGUGAAGAAAAGCGAGAAGGGGGAUAACUCAGAUUCAGUUCAGCCUGUUUAUGUUGGAGAAUUCCCCCAAGAGGUUCGUGAUGAACAAGCCAGUUUGCUGCAGAAACGUAUUCCUGGUGAUGUAUUCAUCUCUGGUGGAAUGGACAAGGAAACAUCACUUUCCUGGAUUAUCUGUGGAAGCAGACUCUUUAUUUGGAGUUACCUGUCUCCUGCAGCUUCAAGAAAAUGUGUUGUUCUUAAACUUCCUUUACAUGUUUCAGAAAGUAAAAAUAUUAGCAGAAAAAAUUAUCAUGAUAAUGAUUGGUUGCUCUGUGUUGUUAGUUGGGAUGUUAUGCAUAAUAGAACUAACAGGGCUGUACAACAGUGCAACUCUGCUGGCAUUGUUCUGUGUAAUCAGAAAAGUCGAGCCCUUGUAUAUUGGCCAGACAUCCAUUCUGAAACUGGGGCUGCGCCAGUUGUAAGUCUUGCAUCUUCUGAUGAAUCUGAGGUGACCUUUUCACCUGGUGAUGGGAAGAACACCCUAAAUAAGCAGCAAGAGCGCGGCUGGCAGGGAAGUAAUUCCUUCAGAUCAAGUUUCUUUAAUUCUUUGAUCACUUCUGCAAUCCCUGAUGCACAGAACAUGUGUGUUGCACUUGCGUGUAGUUCUAAUGGUGAACUUUGGCAGUUCCAAUGCAGCCCCACUGGCAUUCAACGCAAAAAAGUUUAUGAGGACGUUCUGAGUUUAUCUUCACUAGAGAAUGAUGGCAGUCAGCUUUUAGGGAGUAAAGGGUAUCCUAGGUCACUGAUUUGGUGUUUUUCAUAUUUUCCUUUUGACAUAAAUAAUCGGCAGUUCUAUCUACUCACUGAUCAUGAGAUCCUGUGUUUCGGCAUUAAACUUUCCCCUGAUUUAAACGUGUCAAAGCUCUGGUCUUAUGAAAUUAUUGGCACCGAUGGUGAUUUGGGUAUUAAGAAGGACCUGGCUAGUCAGAAGCGGAUUUGGCCUUUGGAUUUGCAGGUAGGUGAAAAUGGCAGAGAAAUUAUUAUUCUUGUUGCCACCUUUUGUAAGGACCGACUGAGCAGUUUGAGCUACACACAGUAUUCUCUUCUGACCAUGCAAUAUAAAUCUGGGUUAAAUAUCUCCUCAAAAUCUACUGAGCCAAUACAUGAAAGGGUUUUAGAAAAGAAAGCUCCCAUUCAGGUGAUAAUACCGAAAGCAAGAGUAGAAGAGGAGGACUUUUUAUUUUCAAUGAGACUGCGGGUGGGGGGCAAGCCUUCUGGAUCAGCAAUCAUCCUUUCUGGUGAUGGAACUGCAACAGUGUCCUAUUAUUGGAGAAGUGCUACUCGUCUCUAUCAAUUUGAUCUACCUUAUGAUGCUGGAAAAGUUCUAGAUGCUUCUGUCUUUCCUUCUACCAAUGAUGGUGAAGAUGGUGCUUGGGUCAUGCUAACUGAAAAAGCAGGAAUAUGGGCCAUACCAGAAAAGGCUGUUUUGCUUGGUGGUAUUGAACCACCUGAGCGUAGCUUGUCACGUAAAGGAAGUUCAAAUGAAGGAUCUGGUCAGGAAGAGAGAAAAAAUCUUACAUUAGCAGCUAAUAUUGCUCCUAGAAGGGCUAGUUCGGAAGCAUGGGAUGCUGGAGAUAGACAGAGGGUUCCAACUGGAAUUGCAUGUCGAACUGCUCAAGAUGAAGAAUCAGAAGCUUUGCUUGGUCAUCUUUUUCAUGAUUUUCUCUUAUCUGGGCAGGUGAAUGGCUCACUUGAGAAACUUGGAAGCUCUGGGGCAUUUGAUAGGGAUGGAGAAACAAAUGUUUUUGUUCGAACAAGCAAAUCUAUUAUUGAUACCCUAGCUAAACACUGGACAACAACUAGAGGGGCUGAGAUUGUGGCUAUGGCAGUUGUGUCCACCCAGCUGAUGGAUAAGCAGCAGAAGCACCAAAAGUUUCUUCAGUUUCUUGCUUUAUCCAAGUGCCAUGGGGAACUGUGCUCCAGACAGACAGGACAUUCUCUGCAAAUUAUCAUGGAACAUGGUGAAAAGCUUUGUGGCAUGAUUCAAAUAAGGGAACUGCAAAGCACAAUUAACCAGAAUCGUAGUGCUGGAGUAAGCAUCCCAUAUUCUAAUUCAGAUCCUGACAUCUCGGGUUCUCUUUGGGAUCUGAUUCAAUUAGUUGGUGAAAGAGCCCGUCGAAAUGCUGUUCUUCUGAUGGAUAGGGAUAAUGCUGAAGUAUUUUACAGUAAGGUUUCUGAUCUUGAAGAAGUAUUUUACAUUUUAGAUAGACAGCUAGAAUAUUUAAUCAGCGCGGAGCAGCCGUUGCUGGUUCAAGUCCAAAGAGCUUGUGAACUCUCAAAUGCAUGUGUCACUCUGGUUCGCACAGCCAUGCAUUACAAAGAUGAGCAUCACAUAUGGUAUCCAUCCCCUGAGGGGUUAACGCCUUGGUAUUGUCAGGCUGUGGUACAUCAUGGAUUGUGGAGUCUUGCUUUGUUCAUGCUUCAGCUGUUAAAUGAAACGACUGGACUUGAUGCAUCUGCAAAAUCAGAACUAUAUUCCCAUCUUGAAGGAUUGGCUGAAGUUCUACUUGAGGCAUAUACUGGUGCUAUCACAGCAAAAGUUGAGCGUGAAGAAGAAUACAAGAGUCUAUUGGAUGAAUAUUGGAAUAGGAGGGAUGCACUUCUUGAAUGCCUAUACCUACAAGUCAAAGGUUUUGUUGGACCUGAAAUUCAGGAUUCGCAUGAAGGUGACGAAGAGCAAAAUGAAGUGAUGCUUAAAAAGCCCUUUUCCCGCUUGUUGUCAAUUGCAAAACGGAAUGAAGGUUACCAAACCCUAUGGAAUAUAUGCUGUGACCUCAAUGAUUCAAUGCUACUAAAAAAUCUAAUGCAUGAGAGCAUGGGACCUAAAAGAGGUUUUAGUUACUUUGUGUUUAGACAACUGUUUGAGGACAGACAGUUUCCCAAACUUCUAAGGCUUGGGGAAGAGUUUCAAGAAGAGCUAUUUACAUUUUUAAAGCAGCAUCCAAAUCUCCUGUGGCUUCAUCAAGUGUUCCUUCAGCAGUUUUCUGCAGCUUCUGAAACUCUCCAUGUAUUAGCACUUGCUCAAAAUAGUAGCUCAACAUCAGCACCUGGAGAAGGGAAUGAAUCUGAAUUUGGUAGUUUGGAACCAGCAUUGACAGAGCGGAGGCAUCUUUUGAAUCUCUCAAAGAUAUCCGCAAUGGCAGGUAAGGAUGCUGAGCAUGAGACAAAGAUGAAGCGUAUUGAGGCUGAUCUGAAGAUUCUGCAAUUGCAGGAAGAAAUUUUAGCACUCGCUCCUGAUGAAGAAAAGCAAAACAUUGGACAGCGGCUACUACCACCAAGGGACCUUAUUGAGCUGUGCCUCAAGGGUCAGAACCCCGAGCUUGGCUUGCGGGCUUUUGAUGUGUGUGCUUGGACCAGUUCAUCUUUUCGGAAAUGCAACAAAAGCCUCUUGGAGGAGUGCUGGAAAAAUGCAACUGAUCAGGAUGACUGGGGAAGACUCUAUCAAGCUUCUGUAACUGAAGGGUGGAGCGAUGAGGAUGCCUUGCGGAUCCUGGGAGAAACUGUGCUUUUCCAGGCUUCAAGAAGAUGUUAUGGGCCCGAAGCAGAAUCCUUUGAUGGAGGGUUCGAUGAAGUGCUGCCAUUGAGACUGGAAAACUCAGAGCUUGAGGUUUUGAAGGAUUCAGGCGGUUCCGUAGAAUCAAUCUUGAUGCAGCACAAGGAUUUCCCUGAUGCUGGCAAGCUGAUGCUAACUGCAAUCAUGUUGGGCGGGGUACAGAUGGAUAUUGGAGGGGAAGAGAGUCCUUCCCAAAUGGAGUGAUGUCAAUGAUGGUUUUGAUCUUGCGGUGGUGCCUGCUGCCGUGUUGCUAAUAUUUCUAAUUAAUUAAAAGUGGUUUUAGCUUGCA